GCCCCGCCCCUUCCGGGGCCGCCAGGAGCCGUUUCCGGUGGCGGCCCCUCUGCUCGCUCCCGGCUCGAGCAACCCCGGGCCCGAUUGUAAACUCCUGACGUUCCCCCCCCCCCCCCCCCCCCCACCGGGCGCGCCGGCGAGACCUCUUUUCGGUGUCCGGGAACCGAGCAGAGGCCGGGAAGGCCGGUCCCGUGCCGCUGGUCGCAGGGCUUCCUGCUCCGAAGUGGGAAAAUGUGCUGCGACAAGUGGAGCCGCGUGGCCGAAAUGUUUCUCUUCGUUGAAGACCUGGAGGAGGAUUGUAAGAUCCUUUGCCUGUGCUCCAGGGCAUUUGUGGAAGACCGAAAAUUGUGCAAUUUGGGAUUAAAAGGCUACUAUGUCAAAGGCAAUGGUGACAAUGCAGGAGACCAAGCAACAGAAGAGGAGGAAGGUGGCACGGCAGAGUCACAUGACAGCAAAGGCUUAGGCCUAGAUGAAAGUGAACUUGAUUCUGAGGCUGAACUCAUGAGAAGUAUGGGACUACCACUCCAGUUUGGUGGUGUAUCUGCACAUAAGACUUUUGAGGUGUCUAUGAAUACUAGAAAUAAAGUUAAAGUCAAAAAGAAAAAGAAAAAACAGCAAAAGAAGUACUUGCAUGAAAUUAUGAGAGAAUCUUGGAGACAAGAAUAUGAAGAAGAUGACAUUUUGGCUUCCGAUGAUCCGUCUUCAGUUGAACAGUAUGAGAACACCAAAACAUGUGAACUUCAAACCAAAAAGGACAUUGAAACUGAAAAUCUUCCUGUUGAAAAUACAUUAUGCCCAAAGCUAGAAAUUACAGAGAAGUGGGAAAAGUAUUGGAAUGAAUAUGGCGGAGGACUCUUAUGGCAAAGCUGGCAAGAGAAACAUCCAGGUCAGACACUGUGUUCUGAACCUUGGAACGUUCCUGAUACAAAGGAGGAAUGGGAACAACAUUAUAGUCAACUCUAUUGGUAUUAUUUGGAACAAUUUCAGUAUUGGGAAGCUCAGGGUUGGACUUUUGAUGCCCCAGAAACCUGUGAUACAGAUACUGGUGAGCCUAAAAUAGAGGUUGACGACGAGAAAGAUGAAAAUUGCAUAAAAGCGGACUUAACGUCUUUUCCAUCUUCAUCUAUAACCAUUGAUAGUGAAAGCUCUAGUUCAAGUGAUAAAGAGCAUAAUGAAAUACUUGAUGGGGUUAGUAACUUAAGUCUGAAUUCAGAGGAAGUGGAACAGAGCCGGUUAGAUUCUUCAGUAAGUUACGAUGGAUGUCAGUUGCUAAGUGAAGUCGGCAGCAGCAGAGAAUGCCCUGCUGGCCAAAGUGAACCACGUCACGGAGGAACCAAGGACAGCAACGUGUCUGGGAACAGAAGUGCAAACCAACCAGCUCAGGAUUCACAGGACUCUUCCGAAGCAAACGCAAUCAGAGAAAGACCACACUCCAACAGUAUUGAUGGAGACGAGAGUGAAGAAGAUCCACCUGAACAUAAGCCAAGCAAACUCAAGAGGAGCCACGAGCUGGACGUCGAUGAAAACCCAGAUUCAGACUUUGAUGACAAUGGUUCCCUUCUGGGAUUCAAGCAUGGCUCAGGACAAAAAUAUGGUGGAAUUUCAAAUUUCAGUCAUCGGCGGGUCAGAUACUUGCAGAAGAAUGUGAAGUAUAAGUCAAAGUUCCUGGACAUGAGAAGACAAAUAAAUAUGAAAAACAAACACAUCUUCUUUACUGAAGAGUCAGAUAAAACAUUUUUCAAGAAAAGCAAAGCUUUGACUAAGGUAGAAAAAUUUCUAAAAUGGGUUAAUGAACCAAUGGAUGAGGAAGCAUCACAGGAGUCAGUUUCUCAUGACAACGUGCAAGACACGUGCACAAGCAGUGAUUCAGAGGAGCAAGAAAUGUCUGUUAAAAAAGGCGAUGACCCACUUGAGACGAGCAGUCAAGAACCUGGAAGGUGUCACGCCGUGUCUUCAGCUGGUGAACUGGAAACAGAAAAAAAUGAAGGAGACAGCACAGUAACAGCUAUUACACAUCAGGAAGAUUGUGUUACUCAGAUUACACCAGACUCUCUACAGGUCGACACUGAAGCUGAAAGUAAAAAGAAGAAGACAAAGAAAAACAGGAACAAAAAGGUAAUUGGCCUGCCUCCCGAGAUAGCUGCUGUUCCUGAGCUGGCAAAGUACUGGGCCCAGAGAUACAGGCUCUUCUCCCGUUUUGAUGAUGGGAUUAAAUUGGACAAAGAGGGCUGGUUUUCCGUGACCCCUGAGAAGAUUGCUGAACACAUUGCUGGCCGGGUCAGCCAGUCCUUCAAGUGUGACAUUGUAGUAGAUGCAUUUUGUGGAGUCGGAGGAAAUACCAUUCAGUUUGCCUUAACAGGAAAGAGAGUGAUUGCCAUUGAUAUUGAUCCUGUUAAGAUCGAUCUUGCUCGCAAUAAUGCAGAAGUUUAUGGAAUAGCAGACAAGAUAGAGUUCAUCUGUGGAGAUUUCCUCCUGCUGGCUUCUCACUUAAAGGCUGAUGUUGUGUUUCUUAGCCCCCCUUGGGGAGGACCAGACUACGCUACCGCAGAGACCUUUGACAUUAGGACCAUGAUGUCUCCAGAUGGCUUUGAAAUUUUCAGGCGUUCCCAGAAGAUCACUAAUAAUAUUGUUUAUUUCCUUCCAAGAAAUGCUGAUAUUGACCAGCGUGCAUUGACUGUUCUCAAGUAACGUGGAGGAGACAGGCCAGGCUAGAAACUAGCGUCGACUCUGGCUGUGCCCUGGGGUCACUGGGGACCCUUAGAAAAACUGUGGCUGUGUAAGCCCCACCUCAGAAACUGAUCUAACCAGGUUCGUAAAGCUGCCAGAUCAUUCUAAGGUGGAGCCCGGGCAGCCUAGCGCUGCUCACCGCUACGUUAGCCCCGGUGAUAACCUCAGGGGACCAGAGUGUCAGGUGAGCUGUGGGGUUGCCAGCCCAGGAACCACAAGACCGCAGUUCAUUGUCACCAAACACCACGUCAGGAGGCAACUCCUCGCUCUUGGGGAGGGGCUGGACCGAAGCGGAUUCACGGGCUCUUUCAUCCCCGAGUGUCAUUCAUCAGCUCGCGGGUGUGGAGAGGGAGGAGUGAGACGGUGGCUGUCAGGGACUCGUGGCCACCUGUUCCUCUCAGCUCGUCACGCGGGAUUUCUUUUCAGACUGCCCUAACGACUGAACGUUGACCAGAGUUCCCGGUUUCUGGAAGUGAGGCCGAGUAUGCCAAAUACAGGGCAAUUGGCCGAGGGAGCAGCCGGAGCGGCACUUGCGAGUUCUUGUUCUCCUUCUUCCUGUGCCGGCU